ACAGCUGAUCCUCAGCUCCCUCCCUCUGCGAACACGGAAGCAGCAUGGCGUCCAACAGCUCCGACAGCCAAAGUGUUGCACAGCACCGACUGAGAAUAAUUACCGGCCAUCUACAGAGACCCGUGAACGGUGAUGCAGCCAUCCAAGCGGCGGAGUGCAAAGCCCAAGGGACCAAACCAAAUGUCGCCAGCAGCGAGGGGAGGACGAUGCCCAGGAGGAGGCAGGAGAUUAUGAAGUGGAACGGCUGGGGAUACAGCGACUCCAAAUUCCUCUACAAUAAAAAGGGCCAAGCUGAAUUUACAGGCAAAAGGUAUAGGCUAAGUGGUUUAAUCAUUCCUGGUCUCAAAGAUUGGAUGGAAAGCACGCUCAGUGCCAGUCUGCAGCAUAAAGCUCCAACAACACCCGUUCUGAACACCAGUGCUGUACAGCCUCCUACACUGAAUGAGACCUUCGUGGAGGAAGUCAAAUCCACAGGUAUCCCCUUCUCUCAUGACCCAGAAGAUCGAGUGUUUCGUGCUCACGGGCACUGCUUACAUGAGAUCUUUGCUCUGAGAGAGGGAAAGAUCGGGCGCGUUCCAGAUAUGGUGGUAUGGCCAAAUUGCCAUGAUGACGUAGUGAAAAUUGUGGAGCUGGCAUGCAAACACAAUGUUUGUUUGAUACCUUAUGGAGGAGGAACUAGUGUGUCUAGUGCCCUGGAGUGCCCGCCAGAUGAAGCUCGAUCCAUUAUUUCUUUGGAUACAUCACAGAUGAAUCGCAUUCUGUGGAUUGAUGAGAAAAAUUUAACUGCACAUGUGGAAGCUGGCAUCAUUGGCCAGGAUUUGGAAAGAUUGCUUAAUGAGAGCGGCUACUGUACCGGGCAUGAGCCUGACUCCAUGGAGUUCAGCUCCCUGGGGGGGUGGGUAGCUACGAGAGCGUCAGGCAUGAAGAAGAACAUCUAUGGCAACAUUGAGGAUCUGGUUGUCCACGUAAAGAUGGUUACCCCACGAGGUGUGAUUGAAAAGGGUUGUCAGGGACCACGCAUGUCCACGGGGCCCGACAUUCACCACUUCAUCAUGGGCUCUGAAGGAACCCUUGGUGUGGUUACUGAGGUGACGAUGAAGAUUCGUCCCAUCCCAGAGUACCAGAAGUACGGCUCUGUGGUGUUCCCCAAUUUUGAGCAAGGGGUCGCCUGUCUUCGAGAGGUUGCCAGACAGAGAUGUGCUCCAGCAUCUAUACGUCUAAUGGAUAAUGAACAGUUUCUGUUUGGUCAUGCCCUGAAGCCUCAAGUAUCUUCAAUUUUCACUUCCUUUCUUGAUGGGCUGAAGAAAUUUUACAUCACCAAGUUUAAAGGCUUUGAUGCCAACCGCUUGUGUGUGGCAACCCUGCUGUUUGAAGGCGACAGAGAGAAGGUCCUGCAGCACGAGAAGCAAGUUUACGACAUCGCUGCAAAGUUUGGGGGCCUGGCAGCUGGAGAGGACAAUGGGCAGAGGGGCUACAUGCUGACCUUCGUCAUYGCUUACCUCCGGGACUUGGGGAUGGACUAUUAUGUGAUCGGGGAGUCCUUUGAAACCUCUGUGCCUUGGGACCGGGUCCUGGACAUUUGCAGGAAUGUGAAAGCGCGCAUUGUUCGAGAGUGCAAAGAGAAAGGAGUUCAGUUUCCACCAUUAUCCACUUGCAGGGUGACUCAGACGUAUGACGCUGGCGCCUGCAUCUACUUUUACUUUGCCUUCAACUACAGAGGACUCAGUGAUCCUGUGCACGUGUAUGAAGAAGUGGAGCAUGCAGCUAGAGAAGAGAUUCUUGCCAAUGGAGGGAGCUUGUCUCAUCAUCAUGGAGUGGGGAAACUUCGGAAGAAGUGGAUGAGGGAAAGCGUCUCCGAUGUCGGCCUGGGGAUGAUCAAGUCUGUCAAGGACUAUGUUGACCCAAAUAACAUUUUCGGCAACAGGAACCUCCUUUAAGUUCCUGCAUCCUGUUUGUAAUGAUCUCACCUUUUUUU